GUCACUUCAUCAGAAUCGGUGACAGAUUCCGGCGAAAGGUUUGAAGGUAUGGGGUCGUCUGCAACGGAAAAUUUUCCCCCAAUGCAGGAAAUUCUGCUGGAGUUCCGUGCCGGUAAGAUGUUGACUGAGGGGACGCGGGUGAUCCCAGAUACACGUAAAGGGCUUGUUCGAAUAGCAAGGGGAGAGGAGGGUUUGAUCCAUUUUCAGUGGCUUGAUCGAACUCGGAAUGAGGUUGAAGAUGAUCAGAUUGUAUUUCCUGAGGAAGCAGUAUUUGAGAAGGUCAGUCAAUCUUCUGAUAGGGUAUAUGUUUUGAAGUUCAGCACCGACAACAGAAGGUUCUUUUUUUGGAUGCAGGAGCCAAGUGCUGAUGGCGAUCCCCAAAUAUGCAGCUCAGUUGAUUACCACAUUAAUCAGCCUUUAGCAUUAGGUGAGGAAGAAGAUCCUCGGGCUUCGAUUCCCCUGCAAAUGUCUGAAAUGUCAGAAGACAUGGUUGAAGAUGAGAUCUCUUCAAGGGCUGGAAACUUGGUUGGUCCAAACUUGGAUGUUGAAGCUACUAUGGAUAUUGCAUCUUCAUCUGGACCAGUACAAUUGGCAGAUCUUCAAAGAAUAUUAAGUAGCAUUGGACCUACAGAUGCUACUGGAGAUCAGGAUGGAGGUUUGGAAUUAGGAGAUAUUCUAAAGCCUGAUCUAAUAAUGCCUUUGAUUGAGACAUUGCCAUUGGAACAGAAAUUAGCAUCAUAUUUGCCUGAGGGUCAAUGGACUCCUGAGGAUUUGAUAGACUUGUUUCAAAGUCCACCUUUUCGUCAACAAGUGGAAGCAUUUACUUAUGUCCUUAGAACAGGGCAGAUAGAUCUGACUCAAUUUGGAGUUGACCCUAGCAAAUACAAGUUCACUGUGUUGUCUUUCCUUGAGGCGCUGGAUGAUUCUGUUGCCAAAGCAUCGGAAGCUGACGGGACAACAUAAACAAGGCAGGAUGAGGACAAGGACUUCUGGUCUUAGACAUGUAGUGGCAAUGAUGCAAUGGAUGAAGGUUGAUUAUGGACACUUUCAUAUACUUCUCAUUGUUACUGAUUUAUAUCUGGUGGUGAAACAUAAAAAUAUGUUGUUCUUGCAUGCAUUUGCAACUUUUUGCCAGUUGACGGAUGAAAGGUAAAAGAGAAAAGGUUGUGUUAUUCCAUUGGUCUUAAUAUUUGUAUCCAUAAAUCAGUAAGCAUCACUAUUUCUUUUUUGGUCAUGUUUACCCUGUUAAA